AGAGGACUCAGAGGUGUGCGUGACAUAGGAAGCCGCGUGUUGCCAAACCCUAACGACUCGCCCACUCCACUUGCCUGUAGCUACAGAUCUAGAGACGUUAUAAACGGUCCACCUCUCUCCCUUAUCUUCAAAUAAUCUUUCCUUCACAACUGAAUCACUCGUUACCCAAAAACAGAAACAAGUGUAGCAAUAACUGUUUUCACAGUUCACACUUCCUUUCACAAGUUACACACUCACACGGAGUCUCUAUGGGUGGUUUCUCCCCAUCUUUCUCUCUCAAGGGUUUCUCAAAUUUCAAAUUUCUCUCGAGGGUUUCUCCAAUUCCAAGGGGUGAUUAAUGCCUGUACAUGGAAUCUGAUAAACAUCAAUUCAGAAUUCUAAAGAGGGUCUGGAAAGCGUAACCGUGGAGAGAGAAGAGAUUGAAGAAAUGGAUACGGAGGAGAAUUGCAGAGAGACCAUAGAAAUUGAAGCGCAAGAAGAAACAAAGGCAGCUCCUUCGGUUGGUUUCAACAAGUACGUCUUCGCAAGUGCUAUAUUGGCUUCCACUAACUCAAUUCUCUUGGGUUAUGAUAUUGGGGUGAUGAGUGGAGCGAUACUGUUCAUCAAAGAAAGUCUCGAAAUCACAUCAUUACAAGUUGAAAUCUUGGUGGGUUCCUUGAAUGUGUGCUCCUUGAUUGGAUCUCUAGCCUCGGGGAAGACCUCCGAUUUAAUUGGCCGGAGAUACACCAUUGUCGUCGCCGCUGCAACAUUCCUGGUCGGUGCCCUUCUCAUGGGCCUCGCUCCUUCCUUCCUCUUCAUGUUGGCUGGUAGAGUCGUCGCCGGAAUUGGCGUUGGUUACUCAUUAAUGAUUGCGCCAGUGUACACUGCCGAGCUCUCCCCUGCUACGACCAGGGGAUUCCUUACUUCCCUCCCGGAGGUUUUCAUCAACGUCGGAAUUUUACUCGGUUAUGUCUUCAAUUACGCUUUAUCUGGCCUCCCAGAUAACAUCAACUGGAGGCUAAUGCUUGGGAUCGCAUCCGUCCCUGCAAUUGGGAUUGCUUUGGGCGUCAUGGUGAUGCCCGAAUCGCCUCGUUGGCUCAUCAUGCGAGGACAAGUUGAGGAAGCCAAGCGGGUUUUGAUUAGAACCUCCAAUAGCGAAGAAGAAGCCCUCAUGAGACUUUCAGAGAUCACAAAUGCUGCUCCUGCUUCUGAGAAUUUGCCAGGUGCGUGGAGAGAGAUGUUCGUUAAUCCAUCCAAACCUAUUCGUCGGAUUCUUAUCGCGGCGAUUGGAAUCAAUUUCUUCAUGCAAGCCUCAGGCAACGAUGCCGUAGUUUAUUACUGUCCAGAGGUGUUCAAGGCUGCCGGAAUUCACAAGAAGAAAGAGUUGGUGGGAGUGACGAUCAUUAUGGGCAUCGCCAAAACCUCUUUCGUUUUAUUAUCGGCUCUUUUCUUGGACCGGUUUGGGAGACGUCCGAUGUUGUUAUUAGGUUCGACCGGGAUGGUAGUGUCACUAGUUGGACUGGGUCUGGGCUCGAGAUUCCUAGAGGGUUCAGUGAGGAAGCCAGUGUGGGCGAUAGUAUUAUGUGUGGUGGCAGUCUGUGCUGAUGUGUCAUUCUUCUCUAUUGGACUCGGGCCCAUAACAUGGGUGUACUCGUCGGAGAUAUUCCCAACCCGACUUAGGGCACAAGGGUCGAGCUUGGCGGUCUCAGUGAACCGGUUGGUGAGUGGGAUUGUUGCAAUGACCUUUUUGUCCAUCUCUGAGAAAAUAUCUUUCGGUGGGAUGUUCUUUGUAUUGGCUGGGAUCACGGGCAUAGGUGUAAUUUUCUUUUAUGUAUUCUUGCCGGAGACCAAAGGCAAGAGCUUGGAAGAAAUGGAGGCCAUCUUUCAAGAUUAGUCCCCUUGAGACUUACUAAAAAACAGACUUAAAAGAGGAAGAAGAAAUGUAGGCCUUAGAUAUAUACUCAACCAUAACCAACUUGUUUGGCAAUUAAAAGUGCAUUUGCCAACCACAUGAUUAGGAUCUAAAGGCUGUGAUGUGCAUAGUGUUGAUUCUCUAAUUGUUUUAAGUUUUAUCUCUUGAUUAUAAAGUCAUAUUUUUUCAGUAGGAAAA